UGAAUUUUAAAUCAUUUGAUUUAUUAUUGUUAAUUCCAUUUUUCGGUUUAUUCGUGAAUACCCCCAAAACUACCAAUUGCUAGAUUUUCUACUCGUAACUUUCCGAAGAACCCGUGCUAAUGGACGAAACUGCGUCGUAUCCUCCUAUUGAACCAUCCAACUUCGACCUUAUAGUUGUCGGCACCGGUCUGCCGGAGGCUAUACUCGCCGCCGCUGCCUCCGCCGCCGGAAAAUCAGUCCUCCACCUCGACCCUAAUCCCUCAUACGGUUCCCACUAUGCCUCGCUUCCGCUUCAGGAAUUCACUUCAUACAUCGAAUCACAAUCAUCCGAUUCUUCCCCGAUUUCGCGACCCGAUACGGAUUCGGGUUACACUCGGGUCGGUAUCGCUACCCGACCGAUGUACUCCUCCGUUGAGAUUACGUCUUACUCCGCGGAACCCUUGGAACAAUCUAGAAAGUUCAAUAUUGAUUUGAGUGGGCCGAGGGUUUUGAUGUGUGCAGAUGCGAUGAUUGAUCUAAUUUUGAAGUCUGAGGUGAAUCAGUAUAUGGAGUUCAAGGGCAUAGAUGGGAGUUUUAUCAGUGAUGGAGAGGGCAAUUUGGAGAAUGUACCUGAUUCGCGCAGCGCGAUAUUCAAGGAUCGGAAAUUAAGCUUCACGGAGAAGAAUCAGUUGAUGAGAUUCUUCAAGCUGGUACAAGGCCAUCUUGAAGCUGCAGCUGGUGGUGGUGGUGGUGAGCAGAGUAGCGAAAGUAGGAGCAUAUCAGAGCAGGAUUUAGAGAGUCCGUUUUCGGAGUUUUUAAGCAAAAUGGGGCUCUCUCCAAAGCUAAAAUCGAUUGUUCUAUAUGCAAUAGCAAUGGCAGAUUAUGAUCAAGAAAAUAGAGAUGUUGGCAAAAGUGUUCUUAAGACAAAAGAUGGUAUUAAUCGAUUGGCCCUUUAUCACUCAUCCGUUGGCAGGUUUCCUAAUGCACCUGGUGCUAUGAUUUAUCCCAUCUAUGGUCAAGGGGAACUUCCACAGGCCUUUUGUCGUCGUGCUGCAGUCAAAGGAUGCAUUUAUGUUCUUCGGAUGCCUGUUAAUUCUCUCCUUAUGGACAAGGCUAGUGGGAGUUGCAAGGGUGUUUGCUUGGCUUCUGAACAAGAAUUGUUCAGCCAUAAGCUGAUUCUAGCUCCAUCUUUUGCGGUUCAAUCACCAUUCCCCCAUUCUUCCCCUGAUACUCGUGAUUUUCGCUUGCGAAAUACGACUGAGAAGCUGGCGAGGAGUAUAUGUAUCUCGAAGCACUCUUUGAAAUUGGAUGUAGCCAAUUGUUUGAUAUUUUUUCCUCCUAGAUCUCUCUUCCCUGAGCAGGUAGCAGCAAUCCAUGUGCUUCAGUUGAGUAGCAACGUAGCUGUUUGCCCCUCUGGAAUGUUUUUGACUUAUCUUUCAGCUAUAUGUGAGGAUGAUGACCAGGGGAAGAAGCUAUUACAUGCAGCCAUCAAUGUUCUGUUUCAGGCUCCUGUUUCUGGAAGUUCUGCAAAUAACAAUUCUGCAGAGAACCAAAGUGAAACUGGGGAUGCAAGGCCUGCUUUACUUUGGAGUGUCUUGUAUACUCAGGAACUUGCGAAGUUUCAGGAUGUACUAGAUAACAUCAUCUGUACCCCCAUGCCAGAUGGGAGUCCAUAUUAUCAUGAUCUUCUGGGUGCUACAGAAAAGAUAUUUCAAGAGCUGUAUUCUGGUGAAGAAUUCUUCCCCAAAUCAACCUCAUCGGAGGAGGGUGCUGGCCAAGAGCUCGAGGACUAGACAACAAUAUUGAUGCUUCUGGUCUCUGGAUAUGUUUUCGUUUUAGCUGACAGAGGGUGGCAGAAUAUCACAGUUUGCAUUGACAAUGACAACAACAUACCCAAUGCAAUCUCACAUGUGGGGUGAGUGUAGGAUGUAUGCAUUGACAAUGACGACUAGCCACUAGGAUAUAGUUGAAGUGGUUUCGGUCCCUACCAAUGUUAGUGUUUGGUUCGAAAUGCUUUGUUGUUGUAAGAGUAGUAUGUUGGUGUUCGAGCUUCUUCGGCCUACAAUGAAUAGGAUUGAAUAUAGGGCAUGAGACUUGGUCUACUUUUGCGACCAUUAGUUUUUGCGUUUCCUGAUUUGAGAGUUGGGACUUCCCAAUUCUUUUGAUUUUUUCUUUUAGGAAUGGCUCUAUUUACUUCUUGUACGAUAAUAUAGCUUAUUUAUCUGAUUCCCAUUUCUUUCCUGUUUUUUCAA